GUCCGCGUGUAUCCCAGAGAGGCCGCCGCUCCGCCGCAGCUUCCCCGUGUCUGCUGACCGAGGCCCGACAGCCUCCGAUAGAGGGAGUUGCUUGGAGCUCCGCCGACCCACACCGGCAACAUCCAUGCGCGUCGAGAAGCAGGUGUACGGUUUCAUCACACGGACACACCACUAGCAGCCGAGCCGCCGCAGCCGCGCUCAACUCUCUGCUUCUGCUCUUCUUGCCGGAGAGAGGACCCGGAGUGUUUUCACAUGGAGCUUUCUGAGCAGCAGACGAUGCGUUUCGGAAUUUCUCGAGUGAGACGGCGGUCUUUGUGAGGCAGUAAACCGGGUGAGAUCUGGGAAUAAAGCCUGACCAGAGGGAGAGACUCAUCCGGGCUGCCGGGAAGGGAAAGAAAGGAAGAGAUCUUGGACUCGCUGCUCACCUAUACCUGACGCCUCUCCGCAGGUCUCCAGUCUUUUGGUUUUAUGACGGAAAGUGUGUCCCCCUGCAACAGAUCUUUAAGAAGUGCUCUUCAAAAUGAAUACAGAUAGCGGCGGAUGUGCUCGCAAAAGCGUGGCAAUGUCACUCAUACUCUCUCCCAUGAAGAGGGUCCAGAGCUCACCAAAUCUAGCCGCAGGGAGUGAUUCUCACUCGUCAGACUUGGAUUCCUGGCGGUCGCGCAGCGUAACAGACGGCCUUAAAAAUGGAGAUGCGAGCGGCUCGUCGCUCGCUGCCAAAGGCUUCCGCAGCGUCAGACCCAACCUGCAGGACAAGAAGUCGCCCACACAGGGGCCUCCUUCCCCUGACCACGCAGCGCGGCAGUCCCCCUAUCGCUGCCACAGCUCAGACUCACUCGACUACCUGUCAGGCGUAAUGCCCAAGGCCCUGUCGCCCACCCCGUACGUUCCUAGCGGAGCAGGCGGCGCGCCCGGCGGGCAGAGCCUCACGGCGGUCAGCAGUGUGAGCAUCGGAGGCUUCGCGUCCCCCUCCGCCUCCCCCGUGACGGUGUCAGCUCUCAGCCAGUACUCGUCAUCCACGGCGGGUCUGCUGGAUGAGCUGCAGAUCUGUAGCCUGGACUCGCCCGGCGCCUCGCCCACGCCGUCGCCUACUCUCAGCCAUGUCUCUGCCUACACAUCCACUGCUGGUCCUGACGAUGCGCUAACUGCCUCUGUGGCCUCCACUGCUGCUGCAGCCACUGUCACUAACGGCCAGGUCCUCUCUCAUGCAAUGAAUGGAAGUGUUGGACAUCCGCAGAGGCCCCUGUCUCCACCCUCCUAUCCUCCACCCCCGACCUCACUCCACACCGGGCUGCAGAAACAGAGCAGAAGUUCAGAGGGCAGCGAGUCGCUCACCCGAGAGUCUGUGGUGUCGGGACAAACCAGCGUCAGCAGCACUGUGCCCAUUGCUCGCUUUUCAGAAGAAGAAAAGAAAGUCUCCGUCAUUAAAGCUCCCCAUUACGAAGGCAUCGGCCCCGUGGACGAGUCGGGCAUCCCCAUCGCCAUCCGCACGACGGUGGAUCGGCCAAAGGAUUGGUACAAAACGAUGUUCAAACAGAUUCACAAAGUCCACAAAGCAGAUGAUGACUACUCCGACACGUACAAUGCAACAUACGCUUUCAUAAAUAAUGACGACUACAGCCUGUCAUCCAACGCCACCACCAUGGCUCACCCGGCUCCCCGGACACACACGUACAGGCCCCUGUCCAAGAGCCCCUCAGACAACGGGGGCCACCUGGGGCCCCGCGAGCCCUCGCCGUCCCCGGUACCCCCGCCUCCUCCCCCCAUGCCUUCCCUGCUCCAGCUGAGAGCCAGAGACAGCGACCGCGAGAAGUCAGACAUGAAUGAAUGGGGUCCUCCAGACAGGAAAGUUGAUACACGAAAGUACCGAGCAGAGCCCAAGAGUAUUUUUGAGUACGAGCCUGGGAAGUCCUCGAUUUUGGAGCACGAAAGACCAACCUAUGAUGACAUAGAUUUAGAGAACGAGCCUUGGUAUAAGUUCUUUUCCGAGCUGGAGUUUGGGCGGCCGCCUCCUAAAAAGCGGCUGGAUUAUAAUCCAGACAUCUCCGCUCGCCAACGCAUCGAGACAUCUCUCCACAUCGCUCCUGCUGACAAGGCUCCAGAGAGACCAGCGAGCGCCGCCAGCGACUACAGGAAGAGAAGGAAGUCGGAGCCUUCCAGUUCCCAAGUGAAGGCUCCCUCUCAGAGCAGAGCUGUGAUUUCCCCCAAACCAGUGGAUGCCUACAGACCCAGCAGCAGCCUAAAGAAGCCCAUCAUUCGUUCCUCACCAUCCUCACCCUCCAGAGCCAAAGGUGGGGACGCAUGCGACAUGUAUUUAAACAGUUUGACCUCCCCGGGUCCUUGUCAGGACUCAUUUCCACCCCCCGACCCCUGUGACCCGGCCCACUGCCGCGAGGACGCCAGCCAGGAGGGCAGCUCCUCCUCCAAGCAGUCUGCCUGCUGUCGGAACACUUGGCAGACAAAAUGCCAGGAUGCGGGAACGUGGAGCAGCGCAGAGGAGGCGCCUCCCUCCGCCGGCAAGCUCAAGUCCCGCAGCUGCGAUGACUUGCUCAAUGAUGGGCAUUCCGGCCCAGGUGGGCGCGGUGCCACCCGCUCAGAAAGCGCGGGGUCGCUUUUGUGCGACGGAAAUCCGUCGGCAGCGUCGGCCUCCACCCGUUCACUGCCGAGGCUGCACCGGCGGCGGGCGCACGACUCGCCGGGCUUCCUCCAGCUCUAUCGCAAGAUGCACCAGAUCGACCGGGCCCAGCUCAUCCCGUCCGAAGUCAUCCGCUCGGUCCGCGCCCGCAUCCUGGAGCUGGAGCGCCAGCCUCAUCUGCACCGGCAUCGCCUCUCUCCCUGGACGCCCUCCUGGGGCGUGGAAGUGCCACGUGACAUGGUGCCAAAUCGCAUUACGGAAUACGAGCGCCUUAUUCAGAAGUCCAAAUCCAUGCCAAACCUGGGCGACAGCGAGGUGCCUUCAGGCACCACCACCCCGGGAGACUCGUCGUCUCGAGCGAGCAGCGGCGGCGGCGGCACGCCAAGCUUUCCAAAGCGCCGCUUCUCCAUCGAGUCGUUACUGGAGGAAGACAAUGGUAACGGCGGAGCGGCGCCUCACAGCAUGGAUCACCUACAUCGACCUCGCAGCCCCCCCGAAGGUCAGCCUCGAGUCGGGCCGGACCCCAGCCGCGGGCGGUCUUUUCCCGCCCCGCCGGUUCCCCAAGGCCCCCAAGCCAACCCCGACUACUCCGACAGCGAACAAGACGCCGUCGCGUCGGACCUCAGCGAUUUCAUUCAGGUGGAGGGCUCCUCGUUCUGCAGCGAGAGCGACUUCGACCACUGUUCUCUCACCUCCUCUGAGAGCCUGUACGGCUCGUCCACCCUCCAUCACCACCACCACCACCACCACCUCCGCCAUCGCCAUCACCACCACCACCCCGGUCACCAAAGCAUAGGUCAGAGCCAGGGCUACCAGCACCGCCACCUCAUCAGCACCUGCAAGGGCCGCUGCCCGGCCUCAUACACCCGUUUCACGACCAUGCUCCGCCACGAGAGGGAGCGUGCUCGGCAGGAGCACCAGAGGCCGUCCCAGCCGGGCCGCGGCAGCCACUCCCUCAUCCAGAGCUCGCAGUCCCAGCAAGCGAUGUCCAAGCUGGCCUUCCUGGUCAGCCCAGUGCCUUUCCGCAGAAAAAAGGGCUCACCACCUACCUCUAGAAGAAGCGGCGGAGGUCGAGGUAGCAGACCCAAGUCCAAGCAGGCUAUUUACGAAGCACUAGACGCAGCUUUGAGAGACAUUUAUGAGCACAUCCAAACGGAGAGGGGCCACAGAAGCACCAGGCCCCCCGACGACAGCAUCCUGAGGAGAAUCCUGGCCGAGCUGCUGCCAAACGUGCCUGAACGGAGUUCUUCUCUGCGGGGGAGGAAGGGCUGCUGGCACGGGGGCCACACCUCUGCGUCGCUGUACCCGGACGGGAGCCCCACCGGAUAUGCCUCAUAUCGAGGGGAGUCGUCCACGCCACUGCUGCAGUCACCACGGUUACAGUCGCCCGUCAGCGCCUGUUACGGGCGACACUUGGAGGCCGCAAACAAUAAUGAAUACGGAGAAGAUCAGGGCAAUGGAAAUGGUCUCUGUUAUUCAGACCAGGAUGUCUCCAGGAGUUAUUCCACCAUGGACGGACGUCACACACCACAAAGUCGGAGACCCACACCCGACAGAGAGGUCUCCCAUAAACAGAUGACACAACUUAUUCUGUUCUCUCUCCUCCAUCAGAAACAGCCUGCAAGAGCCAUUUAUGAUUUUAAGGCACAAACAGCUAAGGAGCUGACGUUUAAAAAAGGUGAUGCGGUGAACAUCAUCAGGCAGAUAGACAACAAUUGGUAUGAGGGAGAGCACCGUGGACGAGUGGGGAUAUUCCCCAUAUCGUAUGUGGAAAAGAUGCCGUCCACGGAGAAGCAGCAGCCGAUCCGCCCUCCUCCUCCAGCGCAUGUCAGAGAGAUCGGAGAGGCAGUGGCUCGCUACAACUUCAACGCUGAUACGAACGUGGAGCUGUCGCUCAGAAAGGGUGAAAGGGUCAUUGUGAUCAGGCAGGUCGAUCAGAACUGGUACGAGGGGAAGAUCCCAGACACAACGAAACAAGGCAUCUUUCCCGUGUCCUACGUGGACAUCGUAAAACGCUCCCCGGCCAGGAGCUCCUCCCACCACAUAGAUCCACAUGGCUACUCCAGCAGCAGGACGCCAACUUCUACACCCGUCAAGCGAUUAGUUCAGGAUGCACUCCAUGGUGGAGGAGAGCCAUACCAGGCUCUCUACAACUACAUGCCUCGCAAUGAAGACGAGCUGGAGCUGAGGGAGGGAGACGUCGUGGACGUGAUGGAGAAGUGUGACGACGGCUGGUUUGUUGGGACCUCUCGAAGGAGCAAACUGUUUGGAACCUUCCCAGGAAACUACGUGAAGCAGCUAUAAUGAUUCCAGGCUCUCCCUCCGUCGCUCUCCGACGCGCCCAUCGCCUUUGGCACAGCACCCGCCGGACAUCCACACAAAACCUGCUGCACAGCGUUUGCGUGUGUGUAUGCUUGUGUGUGUGCGGCUUGUCGGCUUCACACAGAAUAUUUAGCUCAAACUAGCCAUUCUCUAAUGGACGACUUCAAUGAAAUGAUAUUGAUUUUUAAUCUUAUCUUUUUACUCUUAUUUUUCUAUCAUGGAAAAUUCUGAAUUUGCGCUCCGGUCACUGACCUUUAUCUUUUGACUGCAAUGGAAAGAUCUUGUGGGACUUCGGUGACGUUUUCCUUUCUACUUUAACUAUUUAAGAGCAGUGAGACUACCCAGAAUCACUUUAUUUUUCCCCCCCCCCUGUUUUGCAACACUUCUUAUGGUGUAUUUCAGUGUUGAAUGACGAACAUCCCCAGAGACUGAGUGCAGAAUACUGUAAAAGGUAAAAGCAGUAUUGUGUCAGCAGGGCUGCUGCUUUGGGGGAGUACGGCCAACCUUUUGGCUCACUUUGCCAGGUAAAAACCAUGUUACUUCCCACAGUUCCAUGUGGAAAAGACUGUUUGUGUCCAUGUGAGGCACUGCCCGAGGUGGGGUUUUUUUUGUUGUUGUUGUUGUUGUUUUUUUUUUUUGGAUGAGCAUCAGAUGGAAAUCAUUAUCAUUUCAAACAUUCAGUAUCACUGCUGCACUGGCCUCAAACCCUGGAGGAAGAUCAGGAAAGGUAUAGUUUCGCUUUCAGCUGGUCGGUUGUGUCAUUUUCACAUUAGCAUUGAUGCACUUUAACAAAACGUGAACACAGAUUAGCUUUGUUUCGAACUUCACCUCAGAUUUUACACACUACAUGUCACUCUAGGAAGACUUGGGGCGUCGGGGCUCGUAGACACGUGUAGAAAGUGUUGCUGACGUAUUUAUUAGAGGACGGAGGCUAAUCAGACCGUGCUGUAAAAUAAUGUUAGGAAAAUGUGGAACACCAUGUUGCUUUUUCUUUUCUUUUCUUUUCUUUUUUUUAACCAUAUUUUACCAGCACCUGACCUACCUAUGUUUGAGAGAUCUGUCUUGUUAUCGUCAUGUGUCUGGUCCGCAGAGGUUCACAGAGGGACGGACGAUUCAACAGGCUGUAGUAAAAUGUAGUAAAAUUUUCAGCUUGGAAAAAGAGAUUUGGUCUCAUUCCCACAAACCAACCUGGUCUUCAGCGGGACUCGUGUGUCACCUUGUGGAAUAAUCGGCGGUUUCUCUCUCAGCAUGUCAUCUUCAAUACGAUCCAUGUUUUGUUUGGAUUUUUUUGUCAUCUUGUGUUUCACAAAAAAAAAAAAAAAGAAAUAGACACUGACAACGAAACAAAUGUUAAAGCACCUUAAAAUAUGUUAUCAUUCAUUGUCUUUCACUUCACUCCUGUCAUUCACUAUUUCAGCUGGGGUGUGUGCAUGUAUGUGUGUGUGUGUUGUUUUUUUUUUUUGUUGUUUUUUUUUGUAAGUCUUUUGUAUGAGAGUUGUAAAAUGGCCAACAUCCACUUUGCUCACUUGCUUUAUAAAGUCGGCUUUUUGUCACCCACCAUCACAUUUGGUUUCCUCUCUUUUCUUCAUCGGUGGUGCUAAUUUCCACUUUUCCGGAAGCUGUUGUCGUAGCCGGGCUUUUAGGCAGUUUUCUUUCCUCACUGUGGCUCCAGUGAUUAGUCCCAUUGCGAGUCGGUCAGCUGUUCACACUGACGUUACUGUAGGUAGAUUUGAGUUGGUGACUGCUGCCUUACAUCCAGCUCAAUCAUUUAAUAGCCAUGUAUAUGUAAACCUCUGUGAUGCAAAAAAAUGAAUAUAUCA